AUGGUCGGCUGGAAAUUGGUCGUUCUGUCAAUCCUUCCCUGCCUGCGCGCAGAUACAUGUAAAUGUGUCCCAGGCGACGCGGUCUGCUGGCCAACUGAGACAGCUUUGAAUGCUUUCAACGCAUCACUCCCAGGAAAGCUUAUUCAGAAUAUUCCCUGCGCCACUAUCCAGACCAAUUGGAACAGCUCGCUUUUUCAUGCAUGGUUUCCAACUGGCUAUGACUACUCUUACGCUUUAAACUGUGAUAUUCCUGGUGGCAACACCUCUAGUUGCUCGCUGGGAGACUCUCCUUAUUACGCCGUCAAUGUGACAAACGCAAAUGACAUUUCUCUUGCGCUCAAGUUCGCAACACAACAUAACAUGCGCGUUGCUAUCAAGCAAACUGGUCACGAUUUCCUGGGCCGCUCAACAGGUUACGCUAGUCUCGAGAUCUGGACACAUAACCUCCGCCAGGGCCUCACUUUCCACGACUCAUAUUUAUCAACUAGCCAAUGUUCUCCGCAGGAACCUGAGGGUAUGGAGUCUACCGGGGCAGCUCUUUGGGCCGGCAGCGCGAUUACCAUUGGUGGAGCAUACACGUGGGCAGAAGUGUAUCAAUUUGCGCACGAACAAAACGCGAUCGUCGUUGGCGGAACGUGUACAGGAGUAGGUGCCGUUGGCGGAUACUUGCAAGGUGGAGGCCACUCGGCUUCUAUGCGCGAUUUCGGUAUUGCUACGGACCAAGUCCUUGAGUAUACAGUUGUUCUCGCAAAUGGAAAUGUCGUCACGGUGAAUGCGUGCUCGAAUACCGAUUUGUUCCAGGCACUUAGGGGGGAGGCGGUGGCACCUAUGGAGUUGUCGUCAACGCGACCGUCAAAGCAUUCUUUCUUGGAUGCCGUUGCGACCUGGUAUGAAACUACGCCUAUGAUCCUAGAGGCAAAUCUUGGUGGUUAUGCUGGCUGGGCGGCCUGGGACGGAGACACACUCUUGGCUCCGAAAGUCAGACGACUAGAGUCGGCCUUUGGUGGCUUCAAUAGAAGCGUCGAUGAUAUACAAGAAAGCAUGGCACCCGUGGUAGCGAAAUUAGCGCCAUUAAAUUCUAAGGGUAUGAACAUAAUGGCAGAAUACAUUGCAUUUCCCGAUUAUUUCACCUAUUUCCACGAUGUUCAUGCAAAUAGCAUGAACGUUGGGCAGAGUAUAAUUAUGACUUCUCGAUUUCUGCGGAGUACGCAGCUCAUUAAUAGCACUGCCCUGCGACAAAUGGUCAAUGUCACUGCAGGCCUCCCUGGCCAGAAUGCGUUUACCGUUGUGGGUGUCAACGGCGGCGGUGCUGUGGCUUUGGACGUCCCUAAUACUACCAUCAACCCGGUCUGGCGGCAAUCUUUAGUGAACAACCUCGUGGCCCGUAACUGGCCAGAUACAGCUCCUUACUUGGAAGUGAAAGCGGCACAGGAUGAUAUAACCUACGUUAAAGGCGCCUCAUUGGAAUCGCUGGCACCUGACACUGGAACCUAUAUCAAUGAAGCAAACUACAAAGAUCCGAACUAUCUGGUAAAUUUCUACGGCACAACGAGGCCAACGCUUGAAGCGAUCAAGAAGAACUACGAUCCCAACGACUUAUUCUACUGCGUGACGUGCAUAGGGUCAAACUACUGGUAUCAGCAGGCCAAUGGACCCCUUUGUCGGAAAGAUAGCUGAACAAUUGUCGUUGCCUUUCUUUUAUCGUGGACUGAAAAGAUUUCGCGACACAGCUUACAUAGACAACCAGCUAAUAUAGAAAAGCUAUAUAAGAAACCAUAAAACAUAAAU